GUCAACAACAAUUUCCACGCCUUUUCGUCUUCGUUUUUCGUCUUCCCCUCGAAAAUUCUCCACAAUUCCCUUUCCCAUUUCCUCUGCUCCUUCUGUAACCAAUUCAUAAAUACCCACCCAAACACAUAUUAAUAAUUAUCAUAUAUUUAUAUCUAUCAAAUAUCUAUACAUACUUUUGUACAUUAAAUACAUUUUCAUCUAUAUUCCCGUGAGAUAGAAUUUUCCGUAGAGAGAAUAAGCGAAAUGGGACCAAACGCUGCGGCGGCGAAACAAGCGGAGAAACUCAGAAUUGACGGCAAUACUUACUUCAGAAAAGACCGUUUCGGAGCUGCCAUCGAUGCUUACACCGAGGCAAUUACGCUGUGCCCCAAUGUUCCGAUUUAUUGGACGAAUCGUGCUUUAUGCCAUCUCAAGCGCAAUGAUUGGGAGAGAGUAGAGGGAGAUUGUCGAAGGGCAAUUCAGUUGGACAGCAAUUCGGUUAAGGCCCACUAUAUGUUGGGGCUUGCAUUGCUACAGAAACAAGAGUCUGCCAAGGGAAUCAGAGAAUUGGAGAAGGCUUUGGAUCUUGGGAGAGGUGCCAAUCCCAAGGGCUAUAUGGUAGAAGAAAUAUGGCAAGAACUUGCAAAGGCUAAAUACCUAGAGUGGGAACGAUCAUCAUCCAAACGAUCAUGGGAAUUGCAGAGCUUGAAAGAAGCUUGUGAGUCUGCUCUAAAGGAAAAACAUUUUCUCGAUGUCUCCCAAAUGGAAGGAUUAGUAGACGAUGCUACUACUUCCCAUUUGGAACAAUUAGAGGCUUUAGAAAGAGCCUUUAAUAAAGCUGCAGAGGAUGACACACCUAGUGAGGUGCCAGAUUAUUUAUGCUGUAGAAUCACGCUGGAUAUUUUUCAUGAUCCUGUAAUCACUCCAAGUGGGCUUACAUAUGAGAGGGCUGUGAUUCUUGAUCAUCUUCAUAAGGUGGGUAAAUUCGACCCAAUCACACGGGAACCCCUUGAUCCAUCACAGCUAGUGCCGAAUUUGGCCAUAAAGGAAGCGGUCCGGUCAUUUUUGGACAAACACGGUUGGGCCUACAAGGUAGAUUAACGGUAGAUUAAGUACCAAGUUAACAGUGUGGUAGUUUUGUUUGUUCAGCAAUGCAGCAAGGUGCUGUAUUCUGCAAGCGUGGCCAAGUUGUUUGAUUUAAAUUAUGUUUGCAGUUUCCUGGCGUCCGGACUUAUAACAACCAUCUUAUUAUGAAUUGUAUAUAUGGUUGACUGUCAUAAGUUGUGUAAAUAGUAAUAUAUAUAAAUCCCUGCUUAGACCUCUUUUUUCAUUUGU